AAGGCCUAAUAGAAUGGAAGAUCCAUUUUUCGUGGUGAAAGACGAAGUAUUCAAAGCAUUGAAUAAAACCCGUGGGCUCUAUAUUCGCUGGCGCGAGCUAAACGAUGCACAUUCUGGUGGUUCCACUGCCGAGGCCGACUGGACAACAACCGAACUGAAAAACUCGCUACGCAGCAUCGAAUGGGAUUUGGAGGAUCUAGAGGACACUAUCAGUAUUGUAGAGAAAAAUCCAAGCAAAUUUAAGAUCGACAACCGGGAGCUUUCCAGCCGACGGCAUUUCAUCGACGCGACCCGGGAUGAGGUGAAAUCGAUGAAAGAUCGUAUGAGCAUUAGCCGCAACCGGGAUCAGGACAUAACCGCUCGCCAACCGCUGCUCGAUAACGUCGAAUCGUCACCAGCGCAGCACUGCAACAAGAACUACAUCAACAACAACAGCAUCAUAUCAAACGGUGGUGUCGCCGUACUGACCGGAAACGGCACCGGGCACAACAACAAUAACAACUCGUUAAACUGCAACCUGAACAACAACAGUCAGGUGGUGAACAAUUUAAAUCUUGCCGAAACCGGUAAACAUCUCAUCAGUUCGGCCGGUGCUGCAAUGGCUUCGAGACACAGCGGGGCAAAGUACUCCAAGCUGGAGAACAAUCUGGACGAUAGUCCGAGCCACUACGUACCGUCAUCGUCUGGUGGUGCGGUACUUGAUUCUAGCUCGAGCCGGUUCGUGGAGGAUACGUUGGCAACGCAGCACAGAAUUUUGGUGGGACAGGAUGAGCAGUUGGAUAUAAUAAGCGAUUCGAUUGGGACGCUAAAGACGGUUUCCCGCCAGAUCGGCAUUGAGCUGGAUGAACAGGCUGUAAUGCUCGACGAAUUUGGCAAUGAACUGGAGCAAACGGAUUCGAAGCUGGACGCUACCAUGAAAAAGGUGGCGAAAGUGUUACACAUGUCCAAUGAUCGACGACAGUGGACGGCAAUCGUAGUACUAUCGAUAGCACUGGUAGUUGUGAUAAUUAUUUACAUCAUCCUUUAAUCCACGUGUCUAUCGAUCUA